AUGGAGGAACAGUUACAGAGAUACGAGAAGGAAUUGUGGUUCUACUGGGAACGGGAAGUGCAGUUAGUGAGAGAGAAUGAGAAGUUGAAAAGUGAGAAUGAGGAGAUGCGAAAGGAGUUGAGGGAGUUAAAGGGAGUUGUGGAGAAAGUGGAAGAGAAUGUUGAGUUGAAAAUGAGAGAGAAUGAAGAACGAAUGGAGGAGCGAAUGGGAGAGCAAAUGGGUAAGCAAAUGGAGGUUAUGAUGGAACAGGUAAGAGAAAGGAUGAAGGUGUGUGUAGGUGAAGGUGCUGUUGGAGGAGGUCCUUCUGCUUCAAGUAAAGUGGUCGCACUGAAAGAAAAGACUAAGGUAAGUGAUUUUGAAGUUGUUGGUAGUAUUGGUAAAGGUGGUAGUGGUGGUAAUGAGGAAAGGAGAGGUGAAAGGAAGGAUGAAAGGAAGAGUAAAAGUGAUGUGAAGAGUGAAAAGACAAAGGUUCAGGAUGAGAGUGAGAGUGAUCAAGAGUGGGUGAAAGUGAGUAAGAAAAAAAAUAAGAAGAGUUUGAUCAAGGAUAAGAAUAUAAGUGCAGAACUAGAUUCUUUGUAUUCUAAUGAGGAAGAGGUAGCUAAGAAGGAGUUAAGUAGUGAAGAUGAUAGUGAGAGUGGAAUUGAGGAAGUGUAUAAGAUCGUGUAUAUGAGAGAGGUACCCAGUGUGAAAAGUAUGAUGAGUAUGGUAGGAGGGAAAUAUGUGAAUUUUUCAGAGAAUAUGUCUAAUCACUACGGUGCUUAA